AUGUACAUAAUGGAUGUGGACCAAUUUAUACUGACCACUCUUAUUCCCGGUGUGAUUUCGGCCGAGGACUACGAAACACCAGCCUCGCAGCUGGUCUUUAACAUCAGCAAACCGCCGGCCCCCGGCAACGGUUUCCUCGUUAAACUCGAUGACCAUACGCAGCCGAUCACGUCGUUCAUUCAGGACGAUUUGGACAGUCUACGCAUCGGCUACCAACCGCCUAAUGCCAGCUACUCAGAACGGAAAGUGUAUGAAGUUGAAUUCACCGUCUACGAUAGCCACUUCUCCGCCAGUAUGCCGAUAAUGUUACACAUAGCCGUACGUCCGUCCGCGACAACGGCGCCGAGGAUAGCCAAUAACAAAGGCCUUGUGCUUCUCGAAGGUGAGUCACGUCCAAUCCUCCCUUACAACUUACAGAUUGUAGACCAGGAUAACUUGAGAGACGUUAAGGUCUACGUUAAGGGUGGCUUAAGUUACGGUCAGCUGUUGGUGAACGGCAGCCUUUCGAUGUAUUUCAUGAUCAAAGACAUCGCAGAUGGGAAUGUGGUUUAUAAACACGAUGACAGUGACAGUAUCAGAGACAACAUAGAAUUGCGAAUUACAGACCAGAAAGAUACGGUUAGGGCCGGUUUUCCUAUCACAAUCAUACCCAAAGAUGACACCCCACCUUACAUUGUAAAUAAUUUAGGACUGGAACUGAACGAAGGUGGAAUCGAGCGCAUCAGUAGGAAUAACCUUUUGGCCCACGAUUCAGACACAUUGGAUUCUCGAAUCACUUACUUAAUCGUUAAAACACCAAGAGCUGGAGAUCUCAUGCUGAAGCUUAACCCUUCCGAUAAGGGGAGAUCGAUAAAAAGGUUCACCCAAUUGAAUCUCCUACAGGGACAAAUUUAUUAUCGACACAUGCACAGCGGAAGGUUCAGGGACUCCUUUGAAUUUGUACUGAAGGACCAGGAGGAUCAGCCGAACAUUUCACAAAGAGAAAGCUUCCAGAUCAUGAUAAACUCGAUCAACGAUAAUCCGCCAAUACUCUCACCGACAGCCAGCCAAUUCAUGCAAGUUCAGGAAACGAACAUUGGUUACAUCAGUAAAUCGCAGCUAAAUUACAUCGACAAGGACAGUAAAGACAGCCAGUUAGUGUACACGAUCACCACACCGCCACACUUUGUCUACAAUUCCAAGCGAGCCGACGCCGGUCGCGUCAUUACGACGCACAACAUCACGAUGUUGCGCAAGGAUGUGAAGACUACGUCUACGAAAAGCUUCACGCAAGAAGACAUCAGUCAACUAAAAGUGGCCUACAUUCCGCCAGAAAACGACAUUGGCACCGAGCCGUGUCUAGUGAGAUUUACUUACAUGAUAAAAGAUUACUCCGGCAACCGAAUAUCCGGACAGCAAUUCGACAUUGAGGUGCAACCGGUCGACAACCAACCACCGGAAUUUAUAACCAACAAAUUACUCGUCGAGGAAGGUGGGACGAUAGCCAUCGGCGUCAACCAGAUCUCAGCCAUGGAUUUUGACACGGCCGCUACGGAUAUUCUGUUUGUCUGCAAACAGUUGCCCCAACACGGCAUCUUACAAAAGAACGGAAUUAAUUUGAAGAAAGAAGAUUCUUUCAGGCUAGAAGAUCUCGAGGAGAAAGACAUACGGUACAUCCAGGACGGAUCGGAAGUGAUCGUGGACAGUUUCUCUCUUACUCUGACCGACGGCAUCCACCAAGUGACGAAAGAUAUAAACAUUGAUAUUGUCCCUAUCGAUGACCAGGCGCCGCGACUGCGAGACGGAUUGAAACCACAUCUGAUCGUGUCGGAAGGCAACGACGCCGUGGUCACGUCAUCCGUGCUGUCGGCAAAAGAUGACGACACUGACGAAGAACUUCUGACCUUUCUGAUUGUAAAGCAACCGCGCCACGGCACUCUAAAGGUGAACAGCUACGCCGUCACGAAGUUCACUCAACAAAACAUUAAAGAGAAGGUGGUAAAAUAUCACCACAAUGGUGACGAAAUUGGCCCCACUCCGAAGCAAGACAGCGUGUCUUUCAUAGUUUCUGACCAGAACUAUGCUUCAGCUAUAGAGCUUCCCAUUUAUGAUUUGAACAUUACAAUAACGCCGGUUGAUAACCAGAAACCGAACAUUUUGUCCGGCAACCAGAUACUCCUUCAAGAAGGAAGUACGUUUGUAGUGACAGUGGAAAACUUAAAUGCGGAGGAUAUCGAUACUCUUCCGCGCAACAUCCGUUUCAUGAUUGUCAAACAACCCCAAUGGGGAUACCUGGAGAAUACGAAACCGACACCCGGGUCGGGGAAGAGCAAUGCCGGAAUCCAAAUCAAUUCUUUCCGCUUGCAAGACGUCCUCGAUAAAUCCAUCAACUAUGUACAAACGAAUCACAUCGGUGUGGAACCGCUGUACGAUUCAGUGGAGCUGUAUGCGAUGGAUGGGAAGCUACACUCCGAAACGAAAACACUGGCCAUCAACAUCAUCCCGACAAACGAUGAAGUACCUGACGUCAUGCUGCAAGACUUUGCCAUUCUUGAAGGUGGCACCAAGACCAUCAACCAAUCCAUUGUCGAUGCCAUCGACUUAGACGUUCCCAAAGACCCACUUACUUUUUCCAUUUCCAAGCCGCCGAAAUUCGGUAAAAUUGUUGUAAUGUCGCAAUCAAAGACUGGAGGAGUUGAAAGACCAUUCAGAGAUUUCUCUAUCGAAGAACUACAGAACGGAAUUCAAUUGAAAUACAAACACGAUGAUUCCGAGAACUUCCACGACCGAUUUGUGCUUGUCGUAAGCGACAGUAAACACGCCGUAAGAAAAACGUGCAAUAUAACCAUUAUUCCGGUCAACGACGAAAAACCCAUCAUUACUAAAAAUUCUGGCCUCAGUCUUGAAUACGGCAACUUUGGUCUGAUAUCCAGCAGCAGCUUGCUGGCCGAAGACAAAGACACAAACCCCUCAAACUUAAUAUUUGUGUUGAUUUCUCUUCCGAAAAUAGGAAACCUUCAAUACAGAAUGGAAUCUUCUUAUCCACCUGCUCAGGCUAGAUGGUAUGACUUUGAAAUGGGGGCUAAUUUCACCCAGGACGAUAUCAACAGUGACCGAAUACGUUACAUUCACUCUAGUGAUGACACUCAGUCGAAAGUCGACAGUUUCAUCUUCGUGCUGACAGACGGAGUCAACAAACACGGCCCUCUUACUUUUUCAUUCCACAUCAAAAACUCCAAAGCGACGAAGAUCUCGUUACUCAACAAAGGACUUAAAAUCAAAGAAGGAGCCCGCGCUAUCUUAUCUAACGAGAUCCUAAGCGCUUCUGAUGGUAGCACGGCUGCUGAAGAAAUCCACUUCACAAUCACUAAAGCUCCUAGUUUGGGACAAUUGGAAUACAUCAACGCUCCUUUCGUGUCCAUUAAGGGCUUCACUCAGCUCGACUUGGCCGGACAGCAGGUUGUGUAUAACCACAUAUCCAAAAGUGACAUCGCCGAAGACUACUUCUCGUUCACCGUGACUAACGGCUUAAAAUACACUAGAGACGAUCAGCUCCUUAUUCAUAUCGAAUCUCAGGACGAAGUAUUGCCCACGCUGGAGGUCAACAACCCUAUCGAAGUGAUUCAAGGGGCGAAGGUUGCUGUGAGCACACUCCAUUUGAAAAUUACCGACCCCGACACUUCUGUGGAAAACCUCACUUACGAAAUUGUCAAACCUCCUAAAUUUGGUCACCUGUAUAACCUCAACAAUCUAGUGGUCCACUCUUUCACCCAGCAGGACAUCAACAAGGGUCGCAUCUCGUACGAAAGUGAUGGUUCAUUAGCUACUUUUGACCACUUCAUGUUCAUGAUAAGUGACGGCCAUCACAAUGGGUUUUAUACCAACACGUCUCUUUCCACCCAGCCGGUCGUCUGCAACAUUCACAUAAAAUCCCUAUCGCAAGACGCUCCUCAGCUACAGAUCAACAAAAGCCCGGAAAACCUGGAGAGUUUCGGCAAGAAACGUUACGGUUUCAAGUUAACCAGCAAGUCUCUGAGAGCCUUUGAUUCAGACACCGACAGUUCUCAUCUGCUGUACGUCAUUACGAAGCGACCGGUCAACGGUCACAUUGAGAACAUAGCAGCCAAGAGAUACGUCCACCGGAAGUUCACACAGAAGGACCUCGACGAACAGAGUUUGCUCUAUAUCAUAAACCCCAAGACCAAUGAAGUCAAUGACAGUUUCAGCUUCCGCAUUGAGGACUUUAAUGGAAACUCUCUUGAAAACCAAAAAAUGUCUGCUAAGCUACAGAAUGACUUCAUCCCCAGCACCACGAAACAGGUCAAGUUUGAACCAGGAAUGAAACAGGCCAGGUGGAAUAUCCUGAUUGAAGGAGAUGACUUGAAGGAAAAUAACGAGAAGUUCAAACUUAUUCUUCACAGCCCUGUGAACAUUAUUAUUGGCAAAAAGGGAAAAACAACUGUAAAAAUAAUCAAUGCUGUUAAUGCCCAUUGCCCGCAAUACAUUGGAAUGAUUAGCAAAGAACACCCACAGCUUCUGAUGGAGACCAGCAACCAUAUCCAGGUGAACAACAACAACAACAACAACAAAAACAACAACAAACAGCUGCUGCCACAGUUCAACCAUUUAACCAAGUUAUUAGACAGCCCUGGAGGUGAUGAUGAUUUCCACAGCACCACUAACGACAACAAUGAAGACAACAACAACAAUAGUAACAACAACAACAGCAGCAACAACUUUGAAGUGUCAGCCACCAAGUCGAAGAAGAAAGGAGCCAAAGGAGGCAAGAAGACGAAGAAAUCAAAGAAAGGGAAGAAGAAAGGAAAGAAGUCCAAAAACAAGAAGACAUCUUCAUCAUCAUCGAAAUCUCUCUCCGAUCUUGGUAAACCCAUCUUGGAGGAGGUAGCAAAGGGCAGCCUCAAAGGAGCCAAGAUAUGUACCCAGAACACCAAAGAUCUUCUAUUCCUUGACCGAAACAGCAAGAAACUGUACAGCUGUGAUGGGAAACAGUGGCGUGAAUGGCAUUUCCUGCAAGGUCAGAAGGACCAACAACCACAGAGCAGUCUUUGUGAACAAGGUUGGGCAGAAUACCAAGGCCAGUGUUACAAAUUUGUCAAUGAAAAAAUGACAUGGGACAAUGCCGAACUAUUCUGUCGUGGCUCCUUUACAGCCCACCUGGCCAGUGUACUCUCACGAAAGCAUCACAGAUGGAUGGGAAACCUCAGUGGCAAAAACUCUUUCUGGAUUGGUAUGUUCAAAAUUACCUUUUUUGAUUUGGUGGAGGGGUGGGGAGUAAUGUUAAUACUACUUUGGCAUGUGAUCUACAAAUCAAAGGGAUAUUACUUUAGAUUACACUUUAGUUUAUUUUUCAAUUUCUAA